CAUCUGAAGUCACACAUGAGAGUCCACACAGGAGAGAAACCAUUCAGUUGUGAGGAGUGUGGGAAAAGAUUUACACAACAGGGAAAUUUGAAGACACACAUGAGAUGCCACACAGGAGAGAAACCAUUCAGUUGUGAGGCGUGUGGGAAAAUAUUUACAAAGCAGGGACAUCUGAAGACACAUAUGAGAGGCCACACAGGCGAGAAACCAUUCAGUUGUGAGGAGUGUGGGAAAAGAUUUACACAACAGGGAAAUUUGAAGACACACAUGAGAGGCCACACAGGCGAGAAACCAUUCAGUUGUGAGGAGUGUGGGAAAAUAUUUACAAAUCAGGGACAUCUGAAGACACAUAUGAGAGGCCACACAGGCGAGAAACCAUUCAGUUGUGAUGAGUGUGGGAAAAGAUUUAAGCAACUAGGACAUUUGAAGAGACACAUGAGAGUCCACACAGGAGAGAAACCAUUUAGUUGUGAGGAGAGUGGGAAAAUAGUUACAAAUCAGGGACAUCUGAAAACACAUAUGAGAGGCCACACAGGCGAGAAACCAUUCAGUUGUGAGGAGUGUGGGAAAAGUUUUACACAACAGGGACAUCUGAAGACACAUGAGAGUCCACACAGGAGAGAAACCAUUCAGUUGUGA